AAUAGUAACAAGAAGCUGAGUUAGCUUGGCUUGGCACAAUUUGGCAAUAAAUAGGUUAAACUUAGCUGGAAAAUACUUGCUUGGCUUUAUACCGUUAUUGAGCAGGCGCAUGCUUUAUCAGCUGAAAUGAUUUGGAAUCGAAACAACAUCUGUUAUUCAAAGUGUGACAAACGGAAGAGUCGUAGUCCUUGCAGCCGACGUCGUCACAUGCCAGCACAUUGGUCACAAUUAGAGCACAUUGAAGCAAUCAAUUGGUAUACGCAGCACGCCUACAACUGCGCAUGCCCCAGACCCAUAGCCAAUCCCAGACCCAGUCUCCUACAUAUUUGAGGCCGAGACGCAGCAGCAGAGCAGCAGCAGGUGACAGCGACACCGGCAGCGACGUCGACGGCGACGCCUCAGUGCUAUAGGAAAAGUCAAGGCUAUCGAGUUGAUUUCUUUGGACAUGGCCACCGUGGCACACGGCUGCAGUAGUCCGCGGCAGCGUUCCUGCAACGGCAGCAGCUCACCUGGCGGACAGCACGGGUCGACACCCGCGAUGUACACAACGAUGCCGAAAUAUACUCGCACCGCCAGCCAGACGCUCUACGCGACAAGCCAGCAGCUCUUUGGCGGAGGAGGAGUCGGGAUGCCCGGCGAGUAUAAUGGACACGGUGGGUUGUAUAUGGCCACGGGCAGCAUGUCGCAGCGUCCGCUGUCGGCGUCGGCUUUGCCGGAGACGGCGACGGGUUGCCGCAAUUACUGGAGCCAGGGCCAGAGCCAGAGCCAGGGUCAGCCGGGUCCGGGUUCGUUUUAUCACAGCAGCGGCAGACACUUUAAUUACAACAAACGCAAGUCUGCCGUGGAACUGCUGGCCGAAUCGAAGCCCUUCUACAUCAAGUCCGACGCGGUCUUCGAGCGACUGCAGCAGUCCAGCUAUCGCGGCGGAGGCAAUGGCGCCGGAGCAGGAGUCAAGCGCGGACGCCGGCCGGAAGAGGGACACUACGGUGCCGCGUACGACGAGCUGGAGGAUAGGCGCUACAUCAGCCUGACCAGGCAGCAGCAGCAGCAGGCGCAGUUACAGCAGCAAUACAGUCUGCACAAUCAUCACCAGCAUCACCAUCACAGGCACAAUCCCGGCCAGGCCAUGCACGGCCAGACGAGGGAACGGCCCGGUGCGGCGGUUAACAACAACCUGCUACAGCACAAGCUGCGCAUGCUGCUAGGCUCGGAGGCAGGCAAGGAGCGCGCUGGCACGAUCCGACGCCAUGAGCUGGGUGACGCCAAUCCGGAGCUGCUGCUGGCCGGCGAGGAGGAGAGUACCGCGCUGAGGAUUCCGCCGCCGCUUUACCUGCCCGCGCAUGCCUUCGGGAGCAGGGACAACACCUAUGGCGGCGGCUAUCCUAGCGAGCCGAACAGCGUCGGCGAGGAGCCGCUGGUGCUCACCGAGAACUACAGACCAAUCAGUCCGCCAGCCGAGUACGCAGCCAAGUCGAGCCAGGCUCACAACGAGCGUUACAGGUACAACUAUCAACGCUCGUACUCGCACUCGCACGAGGUAGCCAUUCCGGACGAGCGUGCUCCGUACACGGCGGGCGAGUUUAACAUCAAUAGCCACAAAUCUCUGCCGGAUUUGCACACGCAGAUCAGCCGGCACUCACCGCACAGCGAGAUACUGAGCUGCUGCAGCCGGGGCAAUCGCUCCAUCAAGUCCGCGGGGGAGUCGUCCAUUAAUCGCGACUCCGGCGGCAGCUCCGGCCACUAUACGCACCGCAGCGAGCCGUGCUAUAAGCGGCAGCGCGAAACUAAUCCGGGCACCGCCAGUGGCACGAUUAAGAACUGCUGCAAUCUGGUGGCCACCACACGGCGGGAUAGCGGCUCCUCCACGCAGCACAGCGCCAACUCGUACUGCGGCUAUGUGACUCCCGCCGGACGCAACAUGGAUUGCCUGGACUGCCGCUGCAAGCCGGACACAGCGCCGAGCUUUGAUCAAGCGGCCGCCGAUUACUUGCUUAAUUUCACGCCCACGCCGGAGGUUCCGGAGGCGUUCCAGGAUGAUUAUACACCGACGCCGCCGUCGCCGCGUCUCAAGACCCAAACGCCGCGUUACUCGAGCUCCUCCAGCCAGCAGCUACACACCAGCUCCCAAGGCUACACGAGCAUCAACCAUUCGCAGAGCUCCCUGGCACAGAGUCCCGGCUCGGCACCGUCCGUGGACGACAUUAGCCCGCCGCCCAUACAAUUCAAACGGCAGCGUUGCAUUCGCUUCAAGAAUCGCAACCGGCUACCCGUCCAACCACGCACCUCACCCAUCAACCAGGUGAUGGAGUGUCUCAGCGGGGGCGGCGGCGGAUCGGCGGGCUACAAGCGCAACGUGGAUCACGAGAAUGUUUUCUUCCCCAAGGGUUUUUCGGCGGACGGCUAUGCAAGCCAGUCGGCCGCCAUGGACAUGGAGCGGGAGGCAUUGAACGCCAGCAUAUCCGAGCUGGAGAAGUUCUUUGAUCGGUUGGGCCUGAACGACGAGGCGUUCCACGAGCUCUACAGCCAGCCCCGGCGGCAACACAAUCCCGAAACCGAUUCGGAUGACUCCAGCACCGUGUUCUUCUCAGACCACAGCACCGUGGACUCGAUGCGACUGCCGGACAGCACCGAGACACAGCCGCAAACUACCCAGCCCUAUCGGCCCUCGGAGCCGCCAUCAAUCGUGGAGCGCAAUGCAAGAAUCAUCAAGUGGCUGUGCAACUGCAAGAAGACGCAGUGCGCCUGAGUAUGCGCCGGAUCUUAUAGUCGACCAUAGCCGUAAAUUUGAUAUUGUUCUUUAGAUAUGAGUAAUUUUACCCUCUAGUCCCCACCAGAAGUACAAGCGCGGGCUCAAAUCUGAGUUAAACUUGAUCGAAUGAAUAUCUGCGGGUUUGAUGAAUCGUUAGCUCGCUACUCAAAAGCUCGCUCCGUUUACGCUUAAAUCGGUUGAGUUUCUGAGUUGGAUACGAAUCGAUUAAUCAGGGCAAGGCUCCAAUUGUACAACUGAAUUGCCGCUUAUUACUCGUAUGAAUCUGCGUUUGGUCAUUUUUUUCUGCCACGUUUUGCAGACACAAUUAAAUAAUAAUCGUAUUACUAAUCGUCUAGCAAAAUGAUAGGUCAUAUUACUCGUUUACAUAAAGGUAUUAUUAGAAUGAAUUAUUGUACAAUUACCUCUCGUAACGUGCAUAUAUCGUAAACAUAUAAACUUGCCCACUACUUAUACACAUAUAUGUAUGUAGUUGCCAAAAGAAAAAAAAAAAAAAAACAAAUUAAAAGUACUCGUAAAGAAAUUGAACCUACCUAUUUAUGUGAGUGUAAAAUGGUUUGCAUGAUUAAUAAAGAUUAACUAUUAUCAAAACAAUA